AUGAGCCGACAGAGCGGCCCCUAUCGCAGCGUCCCAGGAUCACAGCCGCAGCCACGAGGCGCCAUGCCUUCCUACAAGCAAGUCUCAUACACACCGCCAGCCGCUGGUCGUCCUGGUCCGCGUGGUGCGGCCCCAAGCCAGAACACGUCCGGCUCCUUCUCAAGCGCCGACGCCUCCUCCAACACCCAUCAGCAGCGUCUCUUGCCAACCACUGGCUACCGCGCACGCAACAAUCAGCAGAGCGGCCGUCCUUCCAUGGCCAGCUCGCGCGCCAACACUUUCGCAUCAUCCGGCUCAGCCUCCGCCUCAGACUACAAGUACGCUACAGGCGGCGGUGCUGGCCAGCCCCUCUUCAACGGUCCCGAAGACGACGAUGACAUGCAUGACUGGAAGAAGGAGUCGCAUUCGCAUGCCAUGUCCUGGCGCGGUAUUGCCAAUGUCGCCACCCUCUUCUUUCUCGUCACUGGCCUCGUCGCUCUCUUCGCUGGUUACCCUAUCAUCUCGCACUUCGAGAAGGCCCGUAACAAGGCUGCUCAAAACGGCUUCAACAUCGGCGGCACCAACGGCUCUGGUCAGGUCCCCGAUCUCCCCCUCUUCAGUCUUGUCGACUCGGACACGCCGCAGUCUGCUUACACCCGCACUUCGGCGGCUGACGGCAAGUCGUACCACCUUGUCUUCUCCGACGAGUUCGAGAAGGAAGGUCGCACCUUCUGGCCCGGUGAUGACCCGUUCUGGGAGGCCAUCGAUCUCUAUUACGGCGUCACGGGUGACUACGAAUGGUAUUCGCCCGAUGCGGUCAACACCACUGGUGGCGCUCUCACUAUCACCAUGACCCAGAAGACCACGCACAAUCUCAACUUCCAGUCGGGCAUGCUCCAGUCUUGGAACAAGUUCUGCUUCCAGGGUGGCUACAUUGAGUUCUCGAUGCGCAUGCCCGGUUCGCCAUCGACCUCUGGCUACUGGCCUGGUCUCUGGUUGAUGGGCAACUUGGGCCGUCCCGGAUACCCUGGUUCCACUGACGGCAUGUGGCCCUACUCGUACGCCAGCUGUGACGCGGGCAUCUUACAGAACCAGACCUGGGUCAACGGCACGGGUCCCGACGGCGCCAUCAACUCGAAAGGUACCUAUUCGGUCGGCGGACAAGUCUCGCUUUUGUCGGGCAUGCGAUCUCCUGCCUGCACCUGCCCAGGCGAGGAUCACCCCGGUCCCAACGUCAAUGUCGCCCGUUCGUCGCCAGAGCUCGAUAUCCUCGAAGCCCAGAUUCAGAACCACCAGGGCGUGUCGCACGGCUAUGCUUCGCAGUCCUACCAAGUCGCACCGUUCGACUUGAGCUACGAGUGGGUCAACACGUCGGCUGCUGUCAAGAUCUACGAUGACGACGUGACCGUCAUCAACUCAUACAAGGGCAACGUCUACCAGGAAGCUGUCUCUUCGCUUACGCAGAUUCCCGACACUGGCUACGUUGACAGUUCCAAUGCGUACGUCACCUAUGGCGUGGAGUACCAGCCAGACUGGAAUGAGAACGGAGGUGGUUCCAUCACCUGGUAUGUCGGCGGCAAGCCCUCGUGGUCGGUCAACGGCAAGGCCAUGCCCGCAAACCCUCCCAUGGACAUUGGCAUCCGCACCAUCUCGGUCGAGCCCAUGUCCAUCAUCAUGAACCUUGGCAUGUCUCCCACCUUCCAGCGUGUCAACUUCGGCGCGGGCGGCGUUCAGUUCCCCGCCAUCAUGUCGGUCGACUACGUCCGCGUGUAUCAGCUGGACGGCCAGACAGAUCGCAUCUCCUGCGAUCCUGCUGACCAUCCAACCGCCCAGUACAUCGCAAACCAUCCAGAUCUCUAUCACAACGAAAACUAUACUCGCUAUACAGACUCCAAGCGCAAGUGGCCAAAGAACAGGCUCACUGGAUGCUGA